UCCCGACUUCAGCAGCCUGACUGCCUUCUUGUCGCUUACACCGUUGCUCCAGAUUCACCAGAUCUCGGAAUGGACCCCAACUGCUCCUGCUCCACCGGCGGCUCCUGCACCUGCUCCAGCUCCUGCGGCUGCAAGAACUGCAAAUGCACCUCCUGCAAGAAGAGCUGCUGCUCCUGCUGCCCCGUGGGCUGCUCCAAAUGUGCCCAGGGCUGUGUCUGCAAAGGUGCCUCGGACAAGUGCACGUGCUGUGCCUGAAGUGACGAACAGUGCUGCUGCCCUCAGGUGUAAAUAAUUUCCGGACCAACUCAGAGUCUUGCCGUACACCUCCACCCAGUUUACUAAACCCCGUUUUCUACCGAGCAUGUGAAUAAUAAAAGCCUGUUUAUUCU